AUGUCGAAUUUUGUACGUCAAUCUUAUAAGUUAUUUGUAGGUAAUUUACCCUGGACUAUUGGUCAAAAGGAAUUGCAAACUUAUUUCUCCAAGUUUGGGCAUGUAUCAUCUUCAUCUAUAAUAUAUGAUAAACAGCAGGGCUUUUCGAAGGGUUUCGGUUUUGUAACAUUUAGUAGUAGUGAUGCCUAUAAUAGUGCCUGCAAUCAAAAUGUUCACUUUUUAGAGGGGCGUGUACUUAAUGUUAAGGAAGCUAAUAAUCAAUAAGUUUAUAAAUUUAUGUAAAUGAAAUAAAUUGAAUUAUUUAAAUUAA